GUCCCCCUCCUGCAGCCGGGGGCCGGGCACCCCACGCUCCGCAGAGCCCGGCCCCGUCUUUGGUGGAGGCGUCGGCAGGAAACGGGGCGAGUCGGGACCAGCCCGGCGCGGGCACGAGCCAGAGCCGCGCACACCCACCGCCCCCACUGCACCCCAGCGCCGGCCAGAGGCAGAGGCGCCGGCGCGGCCAUGGAGGCGGCGGAGGAGGCGUUGGUGCUGGUGGAGUAUGGCUUCGAGUACCGGGCCAAGGACGGGACCUUGGUGUCCAUCAAACCCAAUGAGCGCUACGUCCUGCUCAAGAGAACCAACCACCAUUGGUGGCACGUCAAGAGGAGUGGGGACACCCGGCCCUUCUACAUCCCUGCCCAGUACGUGAAGGAGCUGCCCCCCAUGGCCACCCCAGCCCGGCUCGAGCCCCCGCCGCUGCGACGCGCCGGGACGGAUCCAGCCACACUCGUCCCGCAGCAGCCGCCGACCUACGAGUAUCGGUUCAUCGGUGCCGCCGAAACGGAGGAGACGGCUGGGGGGUGCACAGUGCCACAGGGGGACUCGGUGACCCGAAGGGACGUGGUGCCCAGGAGAGACUCAGUGUCCCCAAGGGACCUGGCAGCCCAGAGGGACUCGGUACCCAGGAGGGACUUGGCACCCAGAAGAGACUCAGUGUCUCCAAGAGACCUGGCGCCCCGGAGGGACUCGGUGUCCCCGAGGGACUUGGCACCCCGGAGGGACUCCACACCAGUCCUCAGCUCUUUUCGGGUCCCCCCACGGCUGCCUCCCCACCCCACCGAGCCCGUGCGCCCCUCGCACUCCCUGGAUGACCUGGCACGGGUGACACCACGCGGUGCCACCGCUACGGGGUUGCGCAGUGACCCCCCUGGACACACUCGCCCACUUGGCAAGAGCCGCUCCGAGACCCUGCACGGCCCCGGCAGGGACAGGGACACCAGGAGGUGGCCGGGGUCCGGCCAUACGGCUCAGGCACGUAAGGAGCCGGAGGAGCCGCCUGCCCCCAUCUACCUCAACAUCCAGGAGCUGCAGGAAGAAGCCGCGGCCGCCGGCUCGGCCCCGGAGGAGCCCGGCAGCUCCGUGUCGGACUGGGAAACGCACACGGACACGGAGAGCGGACAUUUGUUUUAUUAUAACCCGGUGACGGGCGAGACCACGUGGGACUGUCCCUUUGGGCAGGCAGAAGAUGGAGUGAGUCCCGCCGCCUCUCCCGCCUCCUCGCUCACCCACAGCCCAGAGUUUCCCGCGUGGGAGCAGCACGUGGACGAAGGCAGCGGACAGGCCUUUUUCUAUAAUUCGGUAACAGGUGAGACGUCGUGGGACCCCCCCCAGGCGGGAGACGGAGGCAGCCCCCGGGAUAUGUACCCUGGGGUGACGCGGUACGGUCCCAUGGAGCAGAGGCCACCCACUCCAGAAACAGACUAUCCCGACCUGUCUCCAGAUGAGCUGGAGGGUUAUCCCGAGGAGGACUACUCACCCGUGGGCUCCUAUGAUCAGGGGGCCACCGUCUGUCUGUCCCCGAGGCGCCCCGAGGAGCUGAGCUCCCCCCCAGGCUGGUACGGACAUGGCCAAGUGUUCUACCCAGAGAACUUCACGUCUGACACGGGCCCCCCAAGUGGCCGUCACCAGCGAGCCAGCAGUGGCUCCAGCCAGGACAGCGGGUCCCUCGCCUGGCACAGCCCCGUGUCACCGGCCCCCCGGGAGGAGAAGUUGAAAAGCCUCGAAAAAGCCGGGGUGCUCAACCGGACCAAGACAGCAGACAGAGGGAAGAGGCUCCGGAAGAACUGGAGCUCCUCCUGGACGGUGCUGGAGGGAGGAAUCCUCACCUUCUUCAGGGACUCCAAGCACUCGGCUGCCGGCGCCUUGCGUCACCCCAGCACCCUGAGCACCCCUGAGCACACGGUGGAGCUGCGCGGGGCCACCCUGGCCUGGGCCACCAAGGACAAGUCCAGCAAGAAGCAUGUCCUGGAGCUGCGGACGCGGGACGGCUCCGAGUUCCUCCUGCAGCACGACACGGAGCAGAUCAUCACCGCCUGGCACAAGGCCAUCGCCGACAGCAUCGGCAGGAUGGGCACCGAUGUCCCCGGCACGGAGGAUGCAGAGAACGGGGCAGAAUUCGGCUCCCGGGAGAAGCUGGGGGGCAGCGAGGAGAAGCGGGCAGCCAUGGGCAGCACCAGCGGUGAGAGCGACUCCAACAAAGUCCGGACCAAACUGCGCAAGUUCCUGCAGAGGCGGCCGACGCUGCAGUCCCUGCGUGAGAGGGGCUACAUCAAGGAUCAGAUUUUCGGCUGCUCGCUGCAGGUGCUGUGCGAGCGGGAGCGCGGGACGGUGCCGCGUUUCGUCCUGCUCUGCAUCCAGAGUGUGGAGAGGAGAGGGCUGGACAUCGAUGGGCUGUACCGGGUCAGCGGCAACCUGGCCACCAUCCAGAAACUGCGCUACAAAGUGGAGCACGACGAGCACCUGGACCUGGAUGACGGGCGUUGGGAGGACGUCCAUGUUGUCACCGGGGCGCUGAAGCUCUUCUUCCGCGAGCUGCCGGAGCCACUUGUCCCCUUCAGCCACUUCGACAAGUUCAUCGCUGCCAUCAAGAUGCAGGACCCGACCCGGCGGGGUCGCUGCAUCCGUGACCUCGUGUUCUCCCUCCCGCCCGCCCACCAUGACACCAUGAAGGUCCUUUUCCGCCACCUCUGCAGGGUGAUCGAGCACAAGGAGGAGAACCGCAUGUCGGUGCAGAGCGUCGCCAUCGUCUUCGGCCCCACGCUGCUGCGCCCGGCCACCGAGGAGGGGACCAUGGCCAUGCACAUGGUGUUUCAGAACCAGGUGGUGGAGCACAUCCUGCACCAGUAUGGCUACAUCUUCCCCGACGGAUAAACCCCCCUGGGGACAUGCCUGGGGACGAGUCCCGGGCUGGGGGACAUGAAGGAGCAGCAUCUCAGGGGAAAGGACUUGGCCACAUGUCACCUCACACUGGCAAUCGUGGGCUUGAUGAAGGGCUGUGCGGUGGCUCCAGGAUGUGACUCAAGGAGGGGGUGACAGAGCUGGGGACACCACAAGCGCCCCGUCCUCCGCUGCCACCCACUCUGGACAUUGAGCCCCAGGGGGUAUGUGGGGUUUGGGGGGUCCUGUCAGUCAAAAAGGGACAUUGGAGCCCUGCGGUCCCCAUCUCGCUGGUGGCACAGAACCAGUGUCCCCAGGUGAGGUGCCCACAGGGACGGUGCCACCGGUAGGGUGGGCAGGGUGACACCGGGCUGUGCCCAUGGGGACUUUGUCUGUCAGGAACCCACCAACAUGUCCCCGAAUAAAGAGCCCAUUUAGCUGUGA